AUGUGGAAAUUAUUUUCAGAGAAGGUGCACCGUACGUUCUUCGACUACGGAAAGUAAGUUGAGAGAUGCACGAUAUUAUAAUCCAGAUUAUGUUCAGCACAUCCAGUAGCAUGUUUGUCUUUAUCAUUGCUUUCGGUCGUGUUCUUAUCCUAUCCAGCCAUGCUCAAGAUAGAAUUGCCUGUUUCCAGUCCGUUUGACGUUUAUUGGCAUCAGACUACGGACAGUUUAGAAGGUAAGUUUAGGUAACAACUUAUAUUUUCUUGCAUGAAUGGAACCUACGUAAUACACUCGUGUUUCUAUAGGUUAAUAUGCUUCAUGUAAAACAAUUGUGAUGUUGUUUAGAUGCCCCUGAAUGGCUGAGCACGUCGCCAGACUUGAUCAUCCAACAGAUCGUGGUCAGUACUCAAGUUGAUCCUUGGAAUACGACAGAGUUUACUCCAGAUACUGUAAGAUUAUUUUUGUUAAUGAUUCAAGUUGAAGGUAAUACGUGCUGCCAUUUUACAAUCAUUCAAAGUGUACAAUGUACUCAAGGAUUCAAAUACGAAAAAUAGUUGUUUUCAAUUACAAAAACAUAAUUUUGAUGAUUGUAUUGUAUUAUCACCAACACUCUUUUGGGAUAAUGACAUACAGAAUCUGAAGCGGGACAACAAUAUACGGAAGACUAUUUUCAAACAUAACUGUCAGACAGGUUUAUGCGAAAGAGACCUUCGUUUAGGUACACCUAUUUGGAAUACCGGAAUCAGACGAAAAUAUCAGACAAAUAGGCAAAGAAGUAAGAUACUUUUUGCAAUACAGUAAUAGCAUGUAAUCUUCCCUGAGAGGCCAAUUAUUUGUUAAAACAUUUUUUGAAACGAUAUAUAUUGUAAUUGUUGUUUUAGCCAUCAAGUUGGCGAUUACAUUGUUGAUGACAAAAAGAAACGACAAAUGGAGAGAAACUUUGGUCAAGUUACUGGCCAAAACGUUUACCGUAACUAAAUCACAUGCUUUAGAUGACGAUACAUUAAUUCAUGUAUUUUACAAACCAGGACACUACUUUUCUAACUAUUUUCCUAUCUUGGCAUCUUACUUUACAUGCGCCGUAAGUCUUGUUACUGCACAAAAUAAUACUUUAGAUAAAUAAACUAAUUUGUACUUUUAAAAUAAUAUAGGCAUAAACCGGUUAAAGUCAGAAAAUUAUAAUUUUUCAUAGAUCUUUAGGUUUACUUUUACUACACUGUAAAGAAGUUUGAGAUGGUGAAAAGCAAGUUUGGACUAGCCAUUGCGUCUUUUUUUACUGUUGUAUUUACAUUGACUACUACUUUGGGAAUCUGUCAACAUCUGGAUUACAGUGCUUCGAUGGGAAGGUCGAAGAUAUUUCCAUAUUUGGCUAUGAUUGUUGGAUUGGAGAAUGUGUUGUGCAUUACACGGUAAUAUUUAGUUAUGGACAUUGUUCCUCAUAAAACAUGUAAAGAUUCUGAAUAUAUAUUUUAUCUUCACUCUUUCUGAUAGAAUAUAAAGUAAUACUUUCAGAUCAGUUGUAAGCAUUCCACCUUCAUUAGAUGUUUCAGUUAGAAUAGCUCAUGGAUUGUCAGAAGAAGCUCCGAAGAUUACAAAAUACUUUGUUUUGGAGAUGUUCUUCUUAUUAUUUGGGUAUCUAACUCAAGUUCCGGAGAUCCAGGAGUUUUGCGUUUUUGCUUUUAUUGGCAUUGUUGUAGACAUGUACAUGCAGGUGAGGUUACACGUUAUCAAGCUAAAUUUUGGUCAAUUUUUAUGUUUUUUAAUUAAAUUUUAUUUAAAAGAUGCAAUUGUGCUUAUAAUUAUAUUUUUUCAGUUAUUUUUCUACACUCCGUGUUUAAUAUUUGACUUGAAUCGAAUGGAUUCAGCUGACAAAAACAGAUUCUCAAUUAUGUUGUUCAACACUGACAUCAAGAAAUUGAAAAAGUUUCCAAAUCCAAAGUAGGAACAUUUUCUAAUUGUUUUAUAAGUUGUGUCAUUUAAUUUUGUUAAAAAUGUUAAUUAUUUAAAUUAAAUAUUAUUUUAGAUGUCCAGCCGAACACUUAUUUCCAUCUUUGUUUAAGCGGAAGAAUAGGUUACUGAGACGAUUGUCAGAAGAUAAUUUAAAGAAUGAAGGUUCCAAAAAAGGUAAAUUUUAUACUGAUAAUUUUUACGCUUGGAGCACAGUAAUUAGUGCGACAAGCCAUAACUCUGUUUGACAAAUCAUUUCUUAAAGGAACCGUUCAUUGAAUUUUUUUAAAUGAAAUUUUUUCGCGGGUUUUCCAAUGUUUUCGAUUAAUUUUUUGAGAAUUUUUAUUUUUAAAAAUUAUUUUCAUUUGAUUUAUUUCUUACGAACGCGGUUGUAUAUUUUGAACCGUAUUGAGGUUUUCUUACCUAUUCAGACCUCUAAAAUAUCAUAACAUCCAAGACACAAGCCUUUUUUCUUCUGAAGCUUUAUAGGCGAUAUUAUACUAGAUUUUUAGUGUUUUUGCAGCUUAAAAAUAUCUUAAUUAUCUACUGUUUCGUCUUAAAUUACUCUACAGACAAUAUCUUACCUAUUCGAACUGUUAACACAUCAAAACCCCCAAGAUACCAGGCUUUUUCACCUUGAAACCAUCAAUACCUAAUCUUGCGAAAGGUUUAUUAACAACAAGAAGGUGAAACAAUCCAAUUUGGGGAUAAAUAUACAUUCUGAAAUUAAAAAAUAAUAUUACUUUACUAAAGAUACGAAAAUUGUAAGAUUAAUGAGACCAUGUAGUUGGAGAGGUUGGUGGAUGUGGGUUUAGGCGUUCGCUUACCUCAAGGAUAAUACCAUUAUAUGUGAUCUAAAGUCCUGAAAACGAAAACACACGGAAAUACUUACUUUUGACGUCGAAUUAGCUGCUUUUUACUCUCUAACGAAACCUGACAUUUUUAAACCAAUAGUAAAGUAAGACCUACACUAUUCUUUAGAAGUUUUACUGAACUAAAAGUUUAAAAAUGGUUUCAUUAUGAUAAGGAACACGUUUUUGCAGUUUAGAACAAAUAAUAUGUAGAAUAUUAAAGUAAAAGUAGUAAAAUAUAAACUGAAAACCUCAAUACGGUUCAAAAUAUACAACCGCGUUCGUAAGGAAUAAAUCAAAUGAAAAUAAUUUUUGAAAAUAAAAAUUCUCAAAAAAUUAAUCGAAAACAUUGGAAAACCCGCGAAAAAAUUUCAUUCAAAAAAAUUCAAUGAACGGUUCCUUUAAAACUCACUGUAAUCGAAAUUUGUAAAACAAAAAGUGUCAUUUUCAGGCCACAAAAGAUCAACAUCAUCUGUAAACAGAAAAGGACCUGUCACACCCCAACAACUCUUUUCAAAUCGUCUUCAAGUUCUACAUUACUGGACCAAGACUCGUAUCGUCCAACGUGUGGUGAUGUUCUCCUUCUUACUCUGGGUUGGAUGGCUAGCCUUUCUGGUACAGAAGUGGAGAGUCUUCGAAGGAUUAUUUGGAGAAGCUGGUAACUUUACCUUCAGAAGUGACUCAAAGUGGAUGAGUCAUCACAUAUUAGACACGGCACCAUUAGAAUGGAGUGUCUGGUCUACUGCCACUUUUAAGUGGUGGCCUUUACUUCUGGAACAGUACCACCUCUCACUGUCUGCGAGAUAUGUUACUUUCAUGCCUUUAAUUUUACUGCAAGAUAAGAUUUCAUACGAUGCUAGGGAGUUCAAUGUAGAAUUUAAAGGCGUCUAUAGUAACGUCAAUGCUCAGUUACAGUAAGUUUACUUGUAACUUCUUUUUAAAUUAUAUAUUCCAACUUCAGUGUGACAAAAGUUAUUUUUAUUAUGGUGAAUUAUCUAUUUAGAGACCGGAUCGACUGGUUGGAACUAGAAAUGUCAAGAUGGUUGUUAAUAUCAGCUGUCCUACCGUUCCUUACGGUAACCAUGUUCAUUCUGUACAUGUGUUUCUGGGAACGAUGGUUAAUGUGGAAAAAGGAACUUCAGUCAGCGUUUACGUUGAAGAGGUCAAACUUCAGAAGCCGGUUAAGUUCUGUAGAGCUGACUCCGUUAGCCUUCUCCAGACACGAACUUCCGAUCGAAUGUGUAGCAGCGUUUGGUGAUAUAAUAGUAUCAGCAUCUGUGAACGGUCAGGUCUUCGUCUGGGAUGGAAAGUCUGGAGAAUUGAAGAACUCUUUGUUGCGUAAUAGGAAUACGGUAGGAGCUCGAGCAAGGUCCAGGUCUUUCUUUGUCCCAAACGAACCAAAAGUACCAUCAAGUAACGACAGUAGUCGUAACAAGUCUUUGGUCUGGUGUUUGGAUGUAUCGUAAGUUUGAACGAAUAAAGCGGGAUGGGUUUCUGCAUUCUGUUUUUUAUCCAAGCCUGUAUUGAAUAUUGUUGUCAUAGUUUAUUGAUUUUACUGAUAGUUGUACUAUUUAGGGAUCGCUAUAUUGUACUUGGAUGUUCAGACGGAGAAAUUCAACUUGCUAGUGUUUCAAAUGGAACUAUAUUGUACUCAAAGACAAACGACACUUUAGGCGUGUCACAUAUUCAGGUACCACUUAAUGACAAAAUAUAUGUUGUUUCAGAUAGCAAACAAUAGAAUCGUCGCUGUUAGAUUAAAUGGGAUUGUAGAAGUAUUGGAGAUUGCUAGUUUUACCAACGACUUUGUAGGUUUAGUUCUUUUAAUUUGAAGAACUAAAACAGAAAUCAAAUUUUAUAACUUAAAUUUUAGUACUAAUUGUAGUACUUAAUAAAUUAAUUUUUUUUUAAAUUGAAUUUGAUUUCAGGGCGAAUCGAAAGUAAUAUUGAAUCAUUUGAGUAAAAGCUACGCCCAUCACAAGCCAGUGACUAACGUAAUAUGCACUAUUAGCCAUAUCAUAACAGCUAGUUACGAUAACUCAAUCCGGGUCAUUGACCAAGAAAGUUUACAUUUGAGUAACUCAUUGUACGGUCAUAAUGGGGCUGUUAUCUCUAUUUGCAAUGACGAGGAACACAAUGUAAGUAAAACAGUCUUUUAUAAUGAUUAAUAUAUUUUUAUAAGCUUUGAUUUCAACUUGCUAUAUCAAACGUCUCAAACUUCAGAUGCUCUUCAGUAGCUGUGAUAGGGGAAGGAUUUGUUGUUGGGACAUACUGACUGGUCGAUUACUGAGAAGUCUUGAGAAAGAUGACCAUCUACCGGUCGAAAUCGUAUGUACUUCAAAGUAUUUGGUCGGCUUUAGUACAGAUGCUGGUCUCUGGAUAUGGGACAAAAUGGAUGGAGAUCUAGUCUGCAACUUGUUGGUACAAGAACAUACAGAUCCUCUGACGUUGUUAUUGGAUAUUGAUGAGAAUGUGGAGCCGAUAUUGAGGGAGGGGAGGUUUCUGGUCAAAAUCAACGACAGAUUCGUUUGCACGAGUGAUGUCAACUCGGCCCAAGUCUGGGAUCUCGAAGCCAAAAGUGUGGUAAAACAGGUAAGUGUAAUAUAUGACUAUGGGGGUUAAAUUUACCACCUAUAUAUAAAUACUACUGCUGUCACUACCCUUCAUUAACACCCGUGACGUCAAUCAAUGACCUUACACUAUGUUCAGAUUCGCUUACCAGCCCCAAUAGACAGCCUACAACAACUUGAUGACAAAAGUAUUCUUUGUUGUGUUGGUACCGAAUUGUACAGAAUAAGUGCACCAUUGCACCAGUCUUAA